CUGCGCGACGCGUGCACGUCGAUACAUCAUUUUAGUAGCUAAUUCUUUCAAAAAUUUGUUGAAAUGGCAGAACAUUUAAUUGAAUUAGUUCGUUGUGAACCUUGUUUGUAUGAUACGAAUCAUCCCGACUAUUCAAGAAAGACUUUAAAGGAUUCAUUAUGGGUGAGAAUUGCCAAAAAAUUAAACUACGAGGACGGACCAUCUGCAAAAGAUGCAUGGCUUAAGUUACGUAACUGUCACCGAGAUGCAAUCAGAAGGCGUAACAAACUACAUAAAACUGGUUCUGCAGAUAUCGUUACUAAACCAUGGAAAUUUGAGAACCAGAUGGAGUUUUUAGUGAGCUAUAUGACCAACCGUUCUACGAUAGGGAACACUACAACGGAAAACCUAAGUCAUCAAAACCACAUUCAGCUAGUAGAUAUCUGUUCAAUCAAUUACCAAGAAGAUGAAGAUGAAGAUGAAUUCGAAACUAAAUCUUCCCAAAUACUACCACCCAAUAUUACCAGACAUAAUUCUUAUGAAGACUCUGUAGCAGCUUCUCAAUUACUGCCAUCCCCUAUAUCACAAAAAAAUAUCAAAGAGUCUACUAUCAAAAAAACUGAUACAAAUACAUUGAUUGGUCAUACGCUUCAAAAUCAUGAAAAUAGUGCCAAAGAAAGAGGCGAGAAAAGAGCUCAUUUUGAUGAAGUAGACGAAAUGCAACUUUUUUUUAAUACUAUGUAUGCUAUGACAAAAAAAAUGCCUGCACUAAGUCAACAUAAAUUAAAAAGACGAAUUUUUAACUUGGUUUUUGAUGAGGAAGAGUACUUGCUACAUCUAGAAUCGACUAAACCGUCUUCUUCUGAUACUCCAGUGCCUUCUCCUACUACUCCAAUGCCAUCUUCUGCUACUCUAGUGCCUUCUCCAGAUACCAUCUUAUGA